ACGAUAGGGGGCGCGAUGACGUCAGGACGAGUGCGUGACGAGAAGGAGGAGAGGUCAUGGCGGGGUCGACGGUGCUGCUUCUGCGACUGUGGACGUGAGCGUCGCGGGACGCUCCGAGCAAUUAAGUCCUCGGUCAUUCACCACCAAAACGCCGCCGCCCCUGAGCGUAUUAACGAGGAGCAAGCCAGAAAUUCCUGCGGCCCCCGGCUCUGUUCCCGCGUGACUGAAAUGGAGCGGCGACAGCCCAUUACCAAGUGGCACCAGUGCGGCCGGUGUACUUACAACACCCACCGCAGGGACCACAUGAGGAUCCACCUGAGGACGCACACGGGGGAAAAGCCCUUCAAGUGCACCGACUGCGCGAAGGCGUUCACGCAGCUGGGCAGCCUCCAGACGCACCGAAGGACGCACACGAGCCAGAAGCCCUUCAAGUGUACCGUGUGCGACAAGGCGUUCACGCAGCUGGGCAACCUGAAGACGCACCUGAGGACGCACACGGGCGAGAAGCCCUUCAAGUGCGCCGUCUGCGAGAAGGCGUUCACGGUGUCGUCGCACCUCCAGAGGCACCAGAGCACACACACGGGCGAGAAGCUCUUCAAGUGUACUGUGUGCGACAAGGCGUUUGCCCAGGCGGGGGCCCUUAACAAACAUCAGAAGGUCCACCGGGAGAUGGCGGCGGUGGUGACGGCGGCGGUGGUGGCGACGCCGGGGCGUGAAGGCCAAGACGCCGCGACGAGCGCGGCUUCCCGGAAAAGGGAACCGGAGGGAAAUCCCGUCCGCGAAGCGCGGCCGGGGGUGAAGGUGAAGCGCGAAGUGGACGUGUCCGCCGCCACUGCCCCAAAACCCGGGCUUCACGGCGGCCACCUGGGUGCCCGCGCCGGGGAGAGGUCCCACGGGUGCGGCGUUCGCGGCAAGGCGAUCUUCUGUUCGGGGGCCCUGCACAGGCACCGUAAAAUCCACCCAGAGAGGAUGCCCAACUCGAAGCCGCCGCCACCGAGAGAGGCGCCCCGCGCAGCUGCGUCGAGCGGACGGGCGUUCAACCUGGCGGACCAUCUUCGCGGCAUGAGGCACGGGCAUGCAGGCGUCGGCAGGGCGCACGGGUGCCCCGAACGCAGGAGGGCGCUCCCGCCGGUGAGAGAGCUCCCCGGUGCCCGCAUGCCGGCGGCUGCCGGCGGACAGAAGGUGGCUGUCGAAGGCGGCGGCCGUGGCGCCACGGUCACGGCUCCGCCAUCGAAGCGAAAGCGCGAAGGAAAUCCCAGCUUCGAAACGUGGCCCGGCGUCAAGGUGGAAGACGGAGACGGAAGCUGUCACUACACCCCGCCGACCGUCGUGCGGGAAUGCCGCGGAGAGAGCCGAGGUGGCUGCGCGGCACGGCCGAGGGUGAGGGCGUCACGUGGACGCGGAGACGCCGCCCCGAGAACGGACGACGAUAACGAUGAUGGCGCGUGGGCAGAGCGGGGGGAGCGGGCCCUUCCUUCUUCCUCCGUCGAGGAUGAGGAUGCGAGCGACACGGAGGGUGACGAGGGGUCAUAGAUGCCGUCCUAUGCUUUUUUUUAUUAUUUUACCAGGUAAGGCCCACUCUGAGCUAUGCGAAGGUCGUUUGAAAGCUCAACGAAAUGACUUAUUAUUGUCGUGUGGAAAUGUAUAGCAGCCAAAUACUCUAAAUGCACGUCGAUUCUAAAUGUGGAGGGGAAAACUGGAGGACCCGGAGAAAAAUCCACGAUCACAGGGAGAGAGACACGCAAACUCCAAAUAUUCAGCAGGCAUCAGCACCGGGAUCGACUCCACGACCUCCUGCAUACCAGGCGAGGGAGUUAAAAUCUCGCCGCCAUGGCGCAGGUGGGAGAGGUUCAACUGUUCCACAAGCUCUGGAGGAGGAGCACGUGAACGCACGUUGUUGCAGAGACCGGAGUCAAAUUUAAGUACCCUUCCAAGUGCGCGUCAAUGUAAUAUUUUCCGCAGUGGUCUUAACCUUUUCCUGUUCCUAGGUGUCUGCAUGUUGAAGGGUAGGUUCCGUUCACCGCUGAUUCUCGGAACACGCAAGCGGUACAGCGGUACUUUUAUUUAGAGAGGCGUUGUAGUGCCAUUGUUAAAGACAUUGUACUCACCGCAGAGAACUGUCGCGACACGAUCGCACCCUUUGAUAGCUUGCGCCAAACUGUGCCACGCCCUCCCACAUGGCCUCGUGGGAGCCUCUUUAUGUUUUCCGACUUUGUUCCGAUACGUACGCAUGUGUACGUCCAUGGAACUGAUGAUGUACACAUACGUCAUCGGAAUGGGAAAGGGUUUAAUAAAUCCCAGUUGCCAUUUAAAAGUAUGGUCGCACUUUCAGUAGAUAUUUGCAGAGAGACCGAAAAUCGCAUAUUGGGGCGAAGCUCUCGGUGUGCACUGUGUGGGAAGCGGUGGGGAGCGGUGGCGCAGCGGUUAGCGCCCUCGCUAUGAAAAUAGGCGACCAGAGUUCGAUUUCCGCUCACGGCCGACCCCAGUGACAGUUGUCUGAACCGGUGAUGGGCCUCCCCUAUGUUAACUCGGCCUCAAAUCAUCUGGUGCGGUGUGUAAACAUUGCCACUGGGGAGACAAAAGCGGUCGGGCGGGUACUGGCCACCCACCACCUCGUGUGCAGUGCCGGCCUUCGUAGGUAUUACUCGCUAACACAGCACUUGCCUCAACAGUCUAUAAGGCUAUAUGGGGGAUCUUUGUGUGGGAAACCUCAGCUUUCGGCUUGGUUAUCGGAUCGUACCACGUGUUGUUCGGCACGGUGUCUGACGUUUCUCUCCACGUGCUGGAGCUUCAGAGAAUUACACAGCACAGCCGUGAAAACCCACGCAGUCGAAAAUGUUGAUGUAAUCAUGUUUUAAUGUUAUAUAUAGCGUCGUCGUUCGCGCAAAUUGCAUCUCACAAUCGCCAAGGAAUCGCAGACAAAGCUGGAAGGCAGCUAGGCGGUUGAGCCGGCGUUAAAAAUUGCUGAAGCCCAAUUAAUGUGUAUUUGCAUUAUAUAUCCAUCAAGAGAAUUCGCAUGGAAGGGAAGCGUUUCAACUCAUCUCUUGAGUACUGAUUUUAGUUUGUGGUACUUUCCCCGCACCUCCGAUUAGCACAGUUGGCUGCGUAAGGUUACGACAGAAGUUCAGUGACAUACAAGCGUGUGUGGGGAGGAUUCCACUCCUGCAGAAACACAAAGCAAACAUCGUAAGAUGCACAAGAAGCUGAAGGUGACGUUUUAAUGUGAAGAUCAAGAUCCUAAAAGUAAGUCCAUUUCUCAUAGCAUUAUUACAACAGUUUACCCAGGAAAGCCUCGCUAGGUCUCAAGGCUUUUUAAGGAUCCUGGUAAGGUGUCUCAGCAGAGGGCGACACUUGCUAUGUGCUUGCCAAUUAUCUGUCGCAUAUGGCCCAUGGUCUUCAACAUCCACUCAGAAGCAGACGGCACGUACUAUUUUGUUAUGGUUAAAUACACCACCAACAUUUAAAGUCACGUAGAUAGGUUGAAAAAAAUAUUUUAUUUCAUUAUUUUUUUACCUAUUUACGUAAAGAUCCAAAGAAUAUGAAUUCCUGCAGCCACGAAAGCUUUUAAGUCAAGAUUUACACCACCAACAGUAUGUAUCAGGGGCGGCCGUGGGGCCUCGAAGCACAAACCUCCACAAAGCAAGCAGCAAAACGCGGUAUAUGCCGGCAGGGUCACGAGACGAGAGCAAAUGCAUGGCAGUGAGACCCCAUCCGCCCCCGUGGCCAGCAGUGGAAGGGUAAAUGUGAAUACGGAUCGGCCGUUCUGGGGCCCAACCUCUUCCAGGUCGAGAGGGGAAGCCCUUCGUGAGGGCUUCGCUGGAGGUGUGGAGUCAACCGGCAUGUGGACCUGGUAGAUAUAAACUUAAAACUUUUUUUUAUUUUACUAGGUAAGGCCAACCGAGCUAUUUUUUCAUAAGCGACCUGGCCGCAUGUAACGAUCGCUCAACGAGAGCUGGCUUAUCGUGAUGUGAAACGUUAUAGCGGCCAAAUACCCUAAACGCGUGGUGAUGUUGAGUCUACAUGUGGAGGGGGAAAACCGGGGGACCCGGAGAAAAAUCCACGCAACCAUGGGGAGAGAGAGAAACGCAAACUAAUAUAUAUGGGCAUCAGGGUCGGGAUCGAACCCGCGGCCUCCUGCAUGCCAGGCGAGGUAGUUAACAUCUCCUAGCCACCGUUGUAACCAGGAAUGGGAGGCUAAGCAGCUCCACAGCAUGUAUUUGUACGCAGACUUUAUUAUAAUAUCCCAACUGGAUAGUUCAUGCACUGCUGACGGAAGUGCCUCCCAACUCGUGGGUAUGUUGCCCGACUCUUCUGCUCUCCUUCGACGUUUUGGAAGAUGGGAUUACCCACACUUUACCCCACCACACGCGACCUCUUGUUCACCCGCAGCCUCUGUGCUGAUCAGUACGCUGCAUGGCAGUUACGUUGUAGUACAGUGAUUAAAUGUGUGCCAUGUAAUCGAUCGUAAUCGAUCUAAUAUUAAAUACGUUGUGAUAUGCGAUUAUUCA